AUGAUCACUCCACACAUGGCAAUCAAGUUCAUGACCCCAAAGGUAGAGGUAAAGGACGAGAUAAUCAUCAAAGUGGAAACCAGGAAUCAAAAUUUGACAAAUCCAAAGUCAAAUGCUACAGAUGUCAAAGAAAGGGGAGCAAAAUCAAAUUUUGCGGAGAAGGAAGAAGAGGUUUCUCUUCUUAUGGCUUGCAACAUAACUGAAGAUACCCAUAAAAGAAUGUGGUACUUGGACACAGGAUCUAGUAAUCAUAUGUGUGGAAACAAGUCUAUAUUCUCUGAAUUAGAUGAGUCCUUCCAUUCCACUGUCAAAUUUGGAGAUGAUUCUACUAUCUCUGUUAUGGGGAAGGGCACCAUUCAAAUUCAGACUUCCAAAAGUGCUAAACAGACUAUUUCAAAUGUGUUUUAUGUACCAGGUUUGAAAACUAAUCUGUUGAGUGUAGGUCAACUUCAAGAAAAGGGAUAUGAGAUCAUCAUUAAAGAAGGAACCUGCAGAAUUCAUGAUCCAAAGAUGGGUCUGAUCACUCAAGUGAAUAUGACAGCAAAUCGGAUGUUUCCUCUAUACAUCCAGAAUGAUAUCCUUCCUUGCUUUUCUGCUAUGGUGAAAGAUUUAGCUUAG